AUGUCUUUCAGCGCCGCAACUUUGAAAAGGUCUUUGCUUACAGCCGCGCCGCGUCUGCGCGCUCCAGUGUCCACCGCCGCCCGCCCAUCUCCCUUCAGCGUCACCCGCGUCCAACCCUCGAUCCGCUCCACCAGACUCUUCCAGUCCUCAGCCUCCAGAAUGGGUGUGCACAACCUCGCCAACAAGACCGAGUGGGACUCGGCCCUGCAAGAGCCCGAGCUCGUCGUCCUCGACUGCUUCGCGACGUGGUGCGGUCCUUGCAAGGUCAUUGCUCCCCAGCUCGUCAAGUUCUCCGAGGCCUUCCCCAACGCCAAGUUCUACAAGCUUGACGUCGACGAGGUUCCCGAUGUCGCCCAGGAGCUCGGCAUCCGUGCCAUGCCCACCUUCCUGCUCUUCAAGGGCGGUGAGAAGGUCGGCGAGGUUGUCGGCGCCAACCCCAAGGCCCUCGAGACUGCCAUCAGGCAGCACCUCGGCGAGUUGUAA